UUCUCUUUUUUGUCGGAUAAAGCCAUUUUGGAUUCUCACUCCCAAAAUAACGGAUAGAGAGACAUGCCUCUGCAAGGUGCACGAGAAUGCCCAGAUGAAGGCAAGCAAAUUAAAGCAGCUUGGCAUCAUUGACUCCCAAAAUGUGAUAACACUGGCUGCAGAGUUGUGCUGUAACGCAGACAAUAAGGUCUGCAUGUACAGAGAGUGUAUGACAUGCAAGAACAAGUCACUAACCAGUCUGAAGAAUCCAUCAGAAACAGGAAUAACAUGGUGGUACCAGUGGGUCACAAAGAAAGAGGAAUAUGAAAAGGAAAUAGAAGGAGAGAAAGAGAAAAUAGCAGUGACAAAAACUGUUAAACAAAUAUGUGAGGGCAACGCACAACACCUAUUUGAAGAUUUGGAAAAAGACCUGAAUGGCAGGGUGUGCAAGCACCUCUUCAACAUCAAGCAUCAAUAUGCACAGCUGCAAUCACUACAUAGAACCCUCAGAGAUGAUGAGGUUAUUCUCCACGUUGACUAUGCAGAGAAUUGGCAGUGCAAAUAUGCAAAAGAGGUGCAGCAAGUCCAUUUUGGUGCUUCUCACAGACAGGCAACACUGCACAAUGUUGUUAUGUACACCUCCAACAAUACUCUUUCCUUCUGUACAUUGUCACCAUCUAUGAAACAUGAUCCUGCUGCCAUUUGGGCUCAACUGGAUCCUGUCCUUCAGUUUCUGAAGGUGAACUACCCCAGAGUUGACAAGCUGUUCUUCAUCAGUGAUGGGCCAACCAUGCAGUAUAGGGGAAAGAAGAACUUCUACCUCAUGAGCAUAAUUCCCUUCCAGAUGGGUUUCAGAACAGUUAACUGGAGUUUCCUGGAAGCAGGGCAUGGUAAAGGGCCUGCGGAUGGUGUGGGAGCCACAAUAAAAAGAACAGCAGACACACAGGUAGCCAGAGGCUCUGAUAUUCCUUCUGCGAAAACACUGUAUGAGACCCUGCGCACUCUUACAAAGGUCCACCUUUUUUACGUAGAGGAUGAUCAGAUAUCCCGUGUGAGUGCUCUCCUCCCCAAAGAAUUGCCCACCAUCAAGGGAACGCUAAGCCUUCAUCAAGUGAUCUGCACCACUCCAGGGACAAUUUACCAUCGAGUGCUGAGUUGCUUCUGUGAGAGAGAAGGUGUCUGUGGAUGUUUCCAGCCAAAGGCGGUUGACUUGGCACCACAGACAGUAGGCUCUAUAGAGCCACAAAUCAUAGAAGGCACCUCUGGACGUGGUCCUCUCUGCCCACUAGAUGAAAUCACAGAAGACCUCAAAGGGAAAUGGUGCAUUGUCAUCUACGAAAAUGAUCCAUAUCCUGGUAUAAUUGAGGAUGUGGAUGAAGGUGCAGUUGAGGUCAAAGUUAUGUGCAGUGCUGGACAAAACAAAUUUUUCUGGCCAUUGAUUGAGGACAAAAUUUGGUACACACAAGACAACGUCAUGACAUUAAUCUCCCCUCCAGAAAAGAUAAACAGCAGGCAUGUCCAGGGGAAGUGCAAUUGA